CUUUAGUUUCAGCCAAGUGUUUCAUUUUGAAUUUUAAACAUCAUGAUUAGUGUAAAAGAACUAAAUAUUUUUGCCUUUAUUAUUUCUCAUCUGUUCCUUUGUUGCAUAUGUGAUUUCAGUAAUGAAUGGUUAGUAGAAAUCCACGCAAAAGAUCGCUGGGUGAAAGAUUUUGCGGACAGAAAUGGAUUUAGAUACAUAAACAAGAUUGGUGACAAUAUGUUUGUACUCAGACAUGAAUACUCGCCAACUAGUUCCAAAGUACGAGCUCAUGACAUAAGCAAAACAAUUCUGAAAGAGGAAAAGGUUGUAUACGCCGAACAACAGAAGUGGAACAAACGUGUUAAGAGGUCGUAUCUGGUCAAUGACCCGUACUGGCGCAAUAUGUGGUACUUGAAUGGAAGACAAUCUACAGACAUGGGCGUGAUGUCAGCAUGGUCAAAGGGAUACACAGGCAAGGGUGUCACAAUUGGUAUAGUUGACGACGGCGUGGAUUUUAACCAUCCGGAUUUAAAGCCUAACUUUAAUGCAAAGUUGAGCAUUGAUUUAUACGAGCGAGACAAUGACCCAUCUCCGAAUCCCGGUGAUUUGCACGGGACCGAAUGUGCGGGUAUAACUGUUGCUGCUGCAAACAAUACAAAUUGUAUCGUUGGAGUUGCCUUUAAUGCACGCAUUGCAGGCCUCCGAAUAGAAGGAUCCUCUGGAACUACCAGCACAGGUGAACGAGAUGCAUUGCUAGCUCCAGGCAUUGACAUUUAUUCUAAUAGUUGGGGAGUUUUGGAUAAAGUAACCUUCGAAGGUCCAAGCUCAAUUGUAAAAUCAGCACUUCUCCAAGGAACUCAAAAAGGGCGUAACGGAUUAGGCGCAAUAUAUGUAUGGGCAGCUGGCAAUGGUGGCACGGACGACAACUGUAACUGUGAUGGAUUUGUCAAUAGUAUUCAUACAAUAGCAAUCAGUAGCGUUUCUUAUAAAUUUCAACCGCCUGGGUAUGCCGAACCAUGCGCUGCUAUCAUGGCCAGUACAUUCAGUGGUGGAGGAGGAUCAACAAAUAACAUUUGUACAACUUCUCUAAACAGCACAUGUGUCACGUCAUUUUCUGGAACAUCAGCUGCAGCACCAAUGGCUGCAGGAAUUUUUGCACUCGUUUUGCAAGCAAACCCAAGUCUUACAUGGCGAGACCUUCAACAUUUGAUAGUAAAUACAUCCAGUUUAUCCAAUCUGAAGUAUGGUAGAGAACAAAUAAACGGAGCUGGACAUACAGUGUCCGAUUACUUUGGAUUUGGAUUGUUGAAUUCCGAAUUGCUUGUUGAGGCUGCCCAGCAUUGGAAGUCUGUAAAAGAGCAGCAUAUUUGUUUAACAGCAAACAAAAUACCAUUUCCAAAGGCACAAAUAUUUCCAAAGGAUCUCAACAGAAAAGCUGAAAGUACCAUAUUUACAAACGGAUGCAACAGUACUGAAAACGAAAUACAAAGAAUUGAACACGUUGAAGUAGAUGUAACAUUUACAUUUUCCUUGAGAGGUUCUAUCCAGCUUUUUCUCAUAUCACCAUCUGGUACAAAGUCCCAACUACUUACAAGACGAAAUCAUGAUAAUAUGCAGAGCUCAAGUCUGCAAUGGACAUUCAUGACAUUACAAUUUUGGGAUGAAAAACCGUAUGGUAACUGGAUUCUCCAGAUGUCUCUAGAUAUGGAUUAUAAAGAAUUAGGUGAAGUUAACAAUUGGUCAUUGAGAAUAUAUGGCACAACAACUACAAAGCUAGUCGAUGAAGGCGAUGGAUCAUGUUUACUGUGGCUCUUAUUUCUAUUACUGUUACUGCCAAUCGUCGGCGGCGGAGCAUUUUCCUAUAACAGAUUGAAAGUAAAAAAUAAGACAGAUAACACUGUCGUUGUGUAAACGUAACACGUGAUUGUGGACUAUCAGAAUGUGUCACCUCUUGGAUGAUCGUUUAAAAUGUUCAAUGACAUAUGUUGGAUAAAAUAAUUUUGCUUUGCUAGCGGCAAUAAUUCAAUUAAGUUGAAAUCCUGUUUAAAUUUAUUACAUAUUAGUCAUAACAUUAAUUAGGAAAUAAGUCAUAUCAGUUAGUUUCGAAAGAAUACAUUUAAGAACGAGAGGUGGGCUAGCAAUAAUAAAUAGUUGCAUAUAUAGUUUAAGAUUGUGUACAAACCUACUCGAACUGCGACCAAGUUUCGUCAUUCCGAACCACUGAUUAGAUAUAUAAACAAAAAACAACUUGAUGAAUACUCGUAUGAGUAACAAACAUGGGUUUGAAGGACAAGUGUAAUGAACCAGAUAUGUAUUUACAAGUUUAUGAGUUUAUUGUAACGUUAUUCUAAGCUAUUGUCUCAAAGAAUAAAAUAUCAAAAAGAUGCGCAACUGGUUGCGUCACAAAGAAUAAUAUAUAAUGCUAUAGCAAAAUAAGUGAACAUUGUACA